UCCAAUAGCAAGGAAGGAGGCGGGACUUCAAUAUCUUCUCGGAGAGAGGUUCGUGGACAUCUGCGCUUGGUUGGUCCUGAAAAUAUGUAUCGGCUUCGGGCAUCUCAGUACAAUCUACCUGCUGCAAUCGUUCGUGUCUUCGAUUAAAAAAACGCCUAGCCGUUAUGUAAACAUAUGCACCGAAGCCAUCGACCAGUGAUAACGAACAGCUUUAGAUUACUUAUCUUUUAGGCGUGUACUGUACCGUAAUGGAUAAGGAAAAUGUAGCUAUCUAGCCAAAUUGCUAACACAGAGGACCCAACACCAAACCUUCGUAUGGAGAUUAAAACGGUUAUCAUCAAUCUAAUCUUUCAACGGGGGACAUUCAACCGUUUUGGGAUUUAUUCACUCAAGGAGCCGGUGUGAAUCCACACAGCUACAGGAGCUGUGUCCCAGCAGACGUCUAGAGGCCGUGCCAGACGUAUCUGACUACAGAGAGGACGAUCACCAGUGACACGCCAGCGGGGGGUGGAGAGAGAGACCGUGCCUGUUGGAAAACCUGUUGGAUAUUUUAUUACAGAUUAUCACACUGCUCUCCUAAACGCCACUCUCCCCCUUUACACACACACACACAGAAUCACACACACUCCUCUAGAAGUAGCCCUAGAGAGUCACAUAAACGUCUCGCAGUCACUCAGACACGCCCGCCGAGACCCAGAGUUGCUUCCCAGGGGUCGUAGUGGGAGGGUGUGCCCCCCCCCCCUCUCGGUGCACUCCGCUGGGGGACGGAAGUAGAGGAAUGGCCCUGGGGGAAUGGGAAUGGCUGGCUGGCUGCCUCGCUCAGUGAGACGGCGGCUUAUGUAACUAACGGCCCUCCUCAUCGUCCUCUCCUUGGCUAGCUAACGCAGCUGGGCCUUGGAUGUCCACAGGCACUGGGGAGGAGCUCUUCAUCAAUCUCCACUAGGGACAUCCAGCUUCUAAUUUUCAGGCCCUUCCUCUCUGGGUUCAACUUCACAUUGUUUUAGUUUUUUUCUAUCCUUUUUUUUGUUUGUUUUUCUUUAACCAUUUUCCAGGAGGGUCUUUCAGGGUGUUUCGGAUAUGUGCCCCCUCACGGACUCCUACAGGUUACAGGGACACACACCAUUUGGCCUGUGUACACGUCUUCUUCCACCCACACCUGUAGCAGGUGGGAUCGACCUCUGAGACCUCCCGCUUGUCUCCCGUUGGCUCAGGGAUGCCCCGACCAGGAAGACCAACGUCUGAGCGUCCGCCUACGAGCACAUUGGCGUUGUGAAAAUGCUGUUUGGACUGAAGGGACAGCCAUUUUUAUUUAGUGAGGAAACUAGCGGACUUCCAGAGCAACUACAGGACUGCCUGAUAUCAGUCUCCGCUGAUUUUUCCGCUCUUGUUUUGAUGUCGUUUUGUUUUUCCCAUCUCAUCUGAGGAUUGAGCCAACCAGGGAGCAAAAUACACAGAGACAAGAAUCCCACUUGGACACAAUCAAAGACCAUUUUGGUCUCCUUUUCUUUCUCUCUCUCUCUCUCUCCCUCUCCCUCUCCCUCUCCCUCUCUCUCUCUCUUUCUCUUUCUCCCUCUCUCUCUCUCUCUCUCUCUCUCUCUUUCUCUCCCCUCCCCCCUUUGUUUACCAGUUUACACAGUAGACCAGGUACAGUGAGUGAUACCUUUUCUAUCGAGGCAGAAAAUAAACUGCUAUGUUGCGAUCUUUUUACGUCUUGACCCGCAUCGAAUCAAAAACCUUGCAAUCAAUCUCUACCUCUCGAUCGCUACAUCCUCCUUUUUAAAACAUCUGUGUCAGAACCACAUUCAUACUCAGUCGGUCACAGACAAGAGUAGCGUACAGACGGAACGGUACAAUCUGCAGACAGGAAGCAAUCCGUCAUCUUCGUCUGGAAGGGGAGAAGGUUAUUGGGUCUGAAUGUCAUUGAACUGAACCAGAGGUCGUGAAAAUAUUAAGUUAUUGAUCCGGGCUUUCGUUGAACAGGGAAUGAAUAGCAGGCCAACCAAAGCGAUCUGCCUCAUCCUCUGUACCUAACUGACCUUUUGACCCCUCAAAGUUGAGUAGUUGUUUAAAAAAAAAAAAACGUUUGAGUCUAGAUGAGAGUGAGAUUGUAAUGAAUAAAAAGGAAAUGUACGUUUUUAAAACGGCUUCACCAAAUCAUAUACAUUAUGCUUUACUGAGACAUCCUACUUCUUUUCUUUAGAAAAGGGAGGGUCCAAGAUUUUUCUAAACCCCACCUGAAACGAUCAAGCCAUAUCACAGCUUUUCAAUUUUUUUUUUAUUGCACAGUUUUAUUUUUGUAUCGUACAAUCACUAAGCCUUCAAUUAAGUUAUUUACCUCUCGCACGCGCACAUUUCUUGAUAUUCCUUUUAAAAACGUCAAGAUAUUUACCCAAAUCCACUGUAAGGAACCAUUUUUAAAGACUAAAGAGAAGAAACCAAGCAAUUUAAAAGCAUCAGCCUUGAGAUUGACCCACAAUUGAGCAGAGCUUGUCGUUGUCGUCCUCCUGUAUGAAGCCAGUACUUCAAGCAUAGAGCGGCAACGCCUCAAUCUUACGAGAACACGUCUUUUUUAAAUAGCGGCUCUUGUUUAGCUUCAUGUUCCAGUCCACUUUUAUGUUGACCUGUGUGUUGAAACAAAAGUCCUUCUAGUGGAGUUUCUUUAAGCCUUUAGCUGUCAGAGUCCAACUCAAUCAACCCCUCCCCCUCUAUCUCUGUCUUAUCUCCCCCCUUUCAAAUACCCUCUGUCUUAUCUUAACCCCUCUCAGAUGAGGCCGAAGGUCAAGUUGAAUAGAUGCCCGACAACUUUAAGCAAAGGGACAGAGUUGUUUCAUGAGCACGCGGUUUAGGGAGGGCCGGUCUAUCUCCCUUUCUCUUCAUCCCCCUCUUUCCGGUGAACAUGCAGAGACGUGGGUCUUCUCUCGUCCUGGUCCGAUUGAGAAGGGGACUCCUCUACCUCCCUCUCUAACCCCUUCAAUCCCUCUCCCUCUCUCUCUCUCUGUGCCCUUUCUCUUAAUCUCUCCCUCCCUCUUUAUCUAUAAUCCAUCCCUCCAUCCACACACCCCAGACAAAUCCCCCUCCCUCCCUCACUGGGUAUUCCCAUCCCCUCUCCCCCUGUGUGAUGCCGGGCAGCAGUAAGAGUGGAGGUGUGGGUGGCCUCCCCUCGCCCCCCCACACCGCCUCCCCGUCCCGGCCACUUCGCCCGUCCCGCUACGUGCCCGUGUCGGCGGCGACAGCCUUCCUGGUGGGGUCCACCACGCUCUUCUUCUGCUUCACGUGUCCAUGGCUGUCGGAGCAGUUCUCGGUUGCCGUGCCGAUCUACAACGGUGUCGUCUUCCUGUUCGUCCUUGCCAACUUCUGCAUGGCCACCUUCAUGGACCCGGGCAUCUUCCCCAGAGCGGAUGAGGAUGAGGACAAGGAGGAUGAUUUCCGCGCUCCGCUUUAUAAGACGGUGGAGAUCCGAGGCAUCCAGGUCAGGAUGAAAUGGUGUUCCACCUGCCGCUUCUACAGACCUCCCCGCUGCUCACACUGCUCUGUGUGUGACAACUGCGUGGAGGACUUUGACCACCACUGCCCGUGGGUGAACAACUGUAUCGGACGGAGGAACUACCGCUACUUCUUCCUGUUCCUGCUGUCCCUGACGGUCCACAUCAUGGGAGUGUUUGGCUUCGGCCUGCUCUACAUCCUCUACCACACACAGCAGCUGGACAGGGUCCACUCUGCCGUCACUAUGGCAGUGAUGUGUGUGGCUGGUCUCUUCUUCAUCCCGGUGGCUGGUCUCACUGGCUUCCACAUGGUACUGGUGGCGGGACGGACCACCAACGAACAGGUGACGGGGAAGUUUAGGGGAGGAGUGAACCCUUUCACUAAUGGCUGUUGGAAGAACGUUUCUCACGUGCUCUGCAGCUCACAAGCGCCCAGGUACCUGGGGAGGAAGAGGAAGCCUCACAGUGUGGUUGUCCAGCCUCCGUUCCUCCGGCCACAGCUCACUGACACCCAGCUGGCCGCCAAGGUCCUCGACAACGGUAUCCACGGAGACCUCCACCGGUCUAAGAGUAGUCUGGAGAUGAUGGAGAGUCAGUCAUGCGAUGCGGAGCCCCCUCCUCCUCCCAAACCGGAGCUCAGGUACCCCGCCCUGUCCAGAGGCCACCAGGGACAACACACAGAGGAGAGUAGUCUUCUGAACAAAGCCCCGCCCACACCCACCAUGUAUAAAUACAGGCCGACCUAUAGCAGUCCAGGAAAGAACCACACUGCCCUUACCCAUGCCUACGCCAACCAGAUGAGUCGAGGGGACAGUCUAAAGGAGUCGUCUUCUCUGCUCCAGUCCAGCCAGCAGCCUGGCUUCCGCUCUGAACCCAGCCUGGAUGGGAGAGAGGCCCCAGGGGAGAGAGGGGGAGGAGGAUUGGGAGGAGGUGGAGACAGACCUGGAGGAGGGGGGGCACCAGGGUCAGGGGGUGGCGGUAUCCCCGGUUACUCUCUAGGGGGACGUUCCUACCCCUCCUUUUCAGACCCAACGGUUCUAUCCUCCGGUGGAGGGGGAGGUGCUUCCCAUUCUUCCAGCGUGCGUUCUGGCUCCGCCCACAACGCGACGCAUGUCUCCGAGGCAACGACCUCCACGAGCUACAAAAGCCUGGCCAAUCAGACGCCUCCUCCGCGCAAUGGCAGCCUAUCGUACGACAGCCUGCUCACGCCCUCCGAGAGCCCCGACUUUGAGUCGGCCGCACCCGACAUGUCGCCCGGGCACCACCGUACCCCGGCACCACCCCCCAUCCUGGGGUACUCCUCCCCCUACCUGUCGGCCCAGCUCAGCCAGCAGAGAGACGCAGAGCUCCACCAGCCCUCCGCCUCCUCCGUAGCCCUCCUCUCCUCCCCACACCGCGCCCACUAUCUCCAGGAAUCGCAUCCCCAUUCCCACCACUCUCAGCCCCCUCCCUCCUCCGCGGCCCCCCAGCCCCCACACCCACACCACCACCAUCACCACCACCACCACCACCACAGCAGCCACAGCUCCAGACCCCCCCGCUUCUCCCGGCCCCCGCUCCUGUCCGACUCUGCCGCCCCCCACCACUACCCGUACCGCACCCGGUCCACGGACACCCCCCUGGCCCCCUCCACGCACCCCCCGCGCUCCCCCCACCCCCCGCCGCUGGGGAAGUCUCUGUCGUACUCUUCGGCGGCGGCGGCGGAGAUGCAGUACCGGAUGGUGCGCAAGGCGUCGGCCUCGGCCGGAGGGGGAGGGGCGGGAGGGGGGAUCCAUGCACCUAAGGACGAGAUUCAGAUGAAGUUGCUCAGCCGGACGAACGGGCAGCCCAGGUCCUCCAUUUCCUCCUCAGGCUCCACCCCUUCCUCCCCCUCUCACCCAAUCAGCAUGUCCACUCGCCCCGGACAGGCCUAUCCCAGCCCUGGAAACACCCAGAGCCCCGCCCACAAGCCGGGGGGCGGGGUGAAGAAAGUGACUGGCGUCGGCGGGACCACCUAUGAGAUUUCAGUCUGAGUUUGGCGGGUGGCUACUCUGACUAAUGGCGUCAGGCGUUGAAGGUGAAGGAGGGGUCAGAGAUUGACUGAUGAUAUUUCUGCCUCUCGGACCCUUCAGGAGAGGAAAGCUUUUAAUACACAGACGUUUUAAAAGUUGGGUGAUGAGGAAGAGUGAAACGACAGACUUUUCUUGCUCUUCUUCCAAAUGCGAUGGACUCCGGACUUCCUCUCUCAUUCAGAGACCUCCAGUCAAGGAACUACAGAACUAUUCGGGAGGAAGUUGUUUAACCAAUCACAUUCAAGAACACAACACACCAUUAUGACAUGGUGGGCUUACGGGCCCAGCGAGCCAAUCAUAAGAGGCAGGACUCUUUGACAAUCCACCAAUUUCUGGGCAGAUUGAACUCUGUGGGAAUGAUUGACUGACAGUUACAACUGGGUUUGCCUUUAUUGGAUAAAACAAGGAAGAUCAACAUGGCUGCGUAUACACAGGCAGCUCAAUUCUGAUAUUUUUUUGACCAAUCAGAUCAGCUCUUAGAAAGUAAAAGGAUCUGAUCUGAUUGGGAAAAAUACAUCUGGAUUGGGCUGCUUGUAAAAACAGCCAAUAUUUUAAAGAGAAAAACAAAUGUUCUUUCAUUCAUAAAUAUGUAAUGAUUCAUUCUCUGUACAGAAUUAUAUGGUUUGGAAUUGAUGGUGAUUUCCUCCAAUCAGUGGCAUUUAAAGGUGACUGUGGCAUGCACCGGCCACUAUGGGCCACUGUGAUUGGCUAGUGAUCACGCUGCCAUUCUCUCGCGACCAAUCAGAAAUGGAGAUGCUAAACUGUAGUAGACAGCAGGAUCAUUGGUGGAGUUAGUUUUUGGCCUGGCCUGGUUCCCCGGGUGGGCGGAGAUUUCACUUAAGGACCAAUGGAAUGAUAAAAAAUAAGAAACUCGACCAGUGACACAAUCAUCGGGUCUGUACUAAAGAUGGAGCAGCCUUUUCUAAACAAACUUUGGAGCAACGGCCUUGAUAAUCAAGGUGUUUUUUUUAUUUUACUUAUUUAAUUUCAAAAUGUUAUUUUAUAUGAAUUUAUAUAUAGCUGUUGAUAAGAUUUUUUUUUUUUUACGGGCUGAUAUAGGGUUUUUCUGGUUUGAGUUAAUGUCAGAAUUAUAACCAAACAGGAAAGAAAAUGUUGCCGCGAUCAAGUGCUUGUCGGAACUUGGGACAUUUCUGACUUAUUAACUGGUUUUAGUUAAACACGUGCCACGUUCAACCAGUUAGCAAGUUGAAAAUGUCAGUUUCCUAGUUCCGACGAGCACUGGAAUGCGGCUAAUUUGGAUUGAUGGCUGCACCAGCCAAUCAGAGGCUGAGUUUUGAGUAUUCAGCCAAAGAGAGGAGCUGGACAAUGAUAUAGUUCAGCCAAUGGGAAACAAUGUAUUUGAUAAAAGAAGGCGAUGUAGCAUUUUUAAAGUCCUUUGAUACACAGUAACCACUCGACUUCUCUUGGGGCAUAUUUCAGAAAUACCCUGCUGUACUUUCUGAUUGUUUACUUCUGAGCUUUGUAAUGGGUGUGUCUGAAAUGGAACCCUAUUCACUAUAUAGUGCACUACUUUUUGACCAGGGCCUAAAAGACUCUGGUCAAAAGCAGUGCACUAUGUAGGGAAUAGAAUGCCAUAACACACACCCAAUGUUUUGUUUUAUUGGUCCGGAUACUGACAUCUCUGGUUGCAGUCCACUAGCUGACCUAUUGAGAAACUAGCGAGGAUCACAUGCUUUGGCGCGACCAAUCCAGAGAGAGCAAGAGAUUCAUAUCAACCUACUCUUUUAUUCGUUAAUGGUUUAAACCAAUGAUGAGCAGCUGAAAGUCAGUAACAUCCUUUUUUAUAUUUAAUUUGUACUUUUCUUUUUUUUUUUUGCAAGAUUUUAAGACAAUUUACAGGGCAUUGCUUUAGACAGACAGCUUGUUUGACCAGUCAGGAGCGUAGAAUGAAACAAAAUGGUCUAGGACAAAAAAAAGCACGUCGCCCAAUAUGUUUGACUGCCAUCAGGAACAGCCAAUGCCCUUACAGAUGAUGUUUAGACAAGUACAGGCCCUGGACUUGGGUGUUUUGAAAUAAAUAAAAUUGAAAAAGCA